AGCCAAAGGUUUUUCCUGUUUUCCCUUUGGUGGAUAUUAACGGUUGAGGGAUCCACAAAAGUCCCUAGCACCAAGGUCUCGAGUGGUAUCAGCGAAUGCACCCACUACAUGAGCAGUCUAAAUGUUUAA